UAUUAAAUUCUCUAGCGAAUUAAUCAUUUAAAAGUUGGUAAUUAUUAGCAUACCGUUGCUGCCGCUGCUCUGCUGCUGCUGCUGCCUUCGUCAACCGGCGAGCUCUUCCCUGCGAAACCCUAGCGGAGCUCCAGGCUUCCGUAGCCCUGCGUCGAAGGCGAGCCUCUUCUUCCUUCGAUCCGCGCUUCGCGAUCUUCCGCACCUCGACGAUCGAUUUCUUUCGCUCGCUCGCUCGCUCGAGAUUUGGAGGAGAAUCCCGGUUUUAAGUAUGAAAGAAAGCAAAUCGGGUAAGCAGAAUCAGCAGCAGCAGCAGCUGCUGCAGCAGCACCAGAAGGAUCACUUGUCCCCGUUCAAGCUCGCGAAAUUGUUGGAUCCGGAGGCCUCGUGGGACAAGGAUCAGUUGGGAGAUGUGCUGCAUUGGAUUCGACAGGUGGUGGCGCUCGUGUGCGGAUUGCUGUGGGGUGCGAUACCUUUGGUUGGAGGCAUAUGGAUUGUCCUGUUCCUGGCAAUAUCAUCUGGCAUAGUUUAUGGCUAUUAUGCAAUGAUACUAAAGAUAGAUGAAGAGGAAUAUGGCGGUCAUGGAGCUCUUCUUCAGGAGGGACUAUUUGCCUCCGUGACUCUCUUUCUGCUUGCAUGGAUUCUAGUCUAUAGCUUGGCUCAUUUCUGAUCAGAUAGUAUUGCGGGAUUGCCUGUCUUUAUGCGAACGAGUUAGAUGGUUUUGAUGCCGACGGAUUUCAGGGGUUGAAGACCGGUGCAACAUUACCAAUGGCGACAGUGAGAAGCUUCUUAGCUGCGAUUAUUUCCUUCUAUUUUUUGAGCGUGCAAAAGUUAGAUCCGGCAGAGCAUCAGUAUGCCGGAUUUGGGCUCAUAAUCACUGGAUGCUUUCAACGACUUCUCCUUUCUUUUUCUUUUUAUUUUUCCUUUUUGUUUGGGUUUUCGACAAACAUCUCAGGAAAUGUAGCAGUAGGCAAUGCCCUCUCAGACGAUAUGGAUGACGUUAUUCUUGUCACCGAAAUAAAGUCAUACGGAAACAAAAGUUGGCAAUUUGUUUUGUUGGUUUCCCCUGUGGUGGCUCUCUUGUAAUCUCCAACAAUUACUGUUUCCUCUGUUGCCAUGGUUGCGAACAAAAUGGACAGCAGGAAGUGUCUCAGUC